UCCAUUAGCACUCAGCUGUACCCCAGGCGACCACGCGAUGUCUCUGUUUCCCAAAUAAGCGGAGUGAAUCGUGCUCUUCUGCCUUGGCAACGAUCUGUCCUCUGAUGAGUCUGCAUUAUUGCUCUUCUGCGUGCGCUUAAAUAGAUAUCUCUAAUAAUAUGUCUAGGAAAUCAACGCCACGUCUCUGAGAUGGUACACUGCCGCAUGCAUUCGGGUUAAUAUCCGAAUAACAAAAACAGUUAUGUCAUACUUCGCAUGACUCAGCGCACCUCUCCCGCUCGCGCGUCGCGGUAUGAUCGGAAUGCGUGACGCGGCCUGCGCGUGAACCUGGACCGUAAGAACAGGUGAUACUGAAGGACGCAGCAUCUGUCAGUGUCGAUCUCGAGUUCUAGUUGUUGAACUUCACAGAGCGUUGACAUGUUUGUGGUCUCGGUGUCGUCCAGGGAAACAGCGCUGUGAACUCGUCCAGGUAAGAGCGCAGAAGUCCCUGCCAUGGCGAAUUCCCUGAAGGCAAAUGUAACACUGAAGGCAAAGAAGGAGAUCAGAGAGGAGAAAGAGGGAGCUAGAGAAAUGGAUGACGCCUUGGAUGAGCCUGCAGAGGAGGAAGAUGAUGAAGAGGAGAGGAAGGCCCGGGCCGCAGCGAGAGAGAGAGCCGCUCAGAGACAGCUCAUGACGAUAGAGGAGCUGGUGCAGACUGAGAGGAACUACCUGAAACAUCUGCACCUCUGUACGGUCACCAUCCACAGCAACCUGCAGAAACUACAGCCUCCUCCUCCAAACCUGGAGAACAUGUUCCAGCACAUAGAUGAAGUGAUGGAUGUUUCCAGCAGACUCCUGAGCCUCCUCGACCAGACACAGAUUCAUCACAGCGACCCCAAAUACCUGGAAACUCUCUGUGAUUCUUUCCUGAGUCUGUCUCAAGACAUAGAGAUGGCUUAUAAAGAGUAUCUCGCCAACUACAACAACAUCACGGCUCUAGAGAACAGCUACAAACAGAAAGAGGCGCUGUGGGUGGAAAUGGUCCGAAUCGUGAAGUCGUCAGCUCCUGAUGUGAAUGCAUCCACUCUGAGCUUCUUCCUGGUGAUGCCGGUUCAGAGAAUCGCCCGUUACCCGCUGCUGCUCCAGACCAUCCAGAAACACACAGACCCCGGGCACCCCGCGUACCCCUUACUGGAGCACACCGCUCACACUGCAGUCCAGAUCAACUGCAGGAUCAAUGAAUACAAACGCUUCCGUGAAGUCGCUGACAAAUACAAGAAGACAGAGAACCUGACCAUCAAGGACAAGAUCAAUCGGCUGAGUGGGCACAGCAUUGCCAAGAAGACGGCCCGGUUCAGCCAGUACAUAAAGCACGAGACAGGAAUGGUGCCUAAGUUGAAAGAUGAAGAAUUUGAAGCCCUUGCUGGCUUCUUCUUUGUCCUGGAGAGGGGCGUCUCAGAGCUUCACGAUAACCUGGAGGCCUAUCUCCACCAUCUGCAGAGGUUCCUCCGCUGCAGACCAGAGGAAGCAGAUCUUGAUCUGGAAGGAGAGAAAACCGCCUUGUUCUCUAAAGAAAUCACGGUGGCUCUCAGACAGUGGAUCUACCCCUCAUAUGAGGAGCGUUUGAAGACUUUAGUCUUUAAGCCCUUGAGCUCACUGCAGGAACUGAUGGCAGGACCACGCAACCUCAUCCGCAAACGUCAGGACAAGCUUCUGGACUAUGAGCUAAUCGAGGAGAAGAGUAACCUGAGCUUUGAGGAGCAAGCCAUAGCGAACACCUACAAGACCAUGAACACUCUCCUGCUGACCGAGCUGCCGCAGUUCAACGGAAAAGCCCUGCAGAUCCUGUGGGCAUCACUGGAGGCCUUCAGCGCCCUUCAGAGAGACCUGGCGGCUGAUAUGGAGCAGCUGGCCACCAGCUUCACCCAUCAGCUCCCACACAGUUAUUUGGAGGACGGUGAGUUCUGGAAGUGGGCAGAGACCUCGGUGCUGGAGGGUUCGAGGAGGAUGGAGAGCCUGUGUCAGAGUGUUCAGGACGAGCUCAAUGCUCCCAUUGUGCAGGCCCUCAACACCGUGUGUGAGCAGCGUCUCAAGGCUCUGACCGCCAAACACGGCUUGGAGAAGAUCUUCCAGCUGACAGGCCCUGUGGUGGGCACCCGUGACCUUGACCUGACCCUCAACAAGGGAGAGCUGGUGGCUGUCAUCAGUGAGAUGGACACGCGAGGAGACCGGCGCCGCUGGCUGGUGGAUGCAGGAGGCCCGAGGGGAUAUGUGCCUGCUUCAAAACUGGCACGUUACCACCAGAUCACCUCUGACCCGCCGCAGUCUCCUCAUCUGAACGUCAUACCCAGCGGUCCAGGGCCACGGAGACACUCCUACACCCCCGGAGCCCAGCCGCUGCUGACCACGACUACGCCCUGUUUUCAGGUGUACGCGGGCUAUGACUUCACUGCGAGGAGCGCUCAUGAGGUUUCUCUGCGGGCCGGAGAGCAGGUGCGGGUGGUGGAGCCUCAUGAUAAGCGUGGAAACAAGGACUGGAGUCUGGUGGAGGCGCGUGGCCAGAGAGGAUACGUCCCCUCUAACUACCUCGCCAUCCUCCCCUCGGUGAUCGCUUCUCCCACCUUCCCUUAUCGCUAGAAUAUCAUCAUCAUCUGCUGCUGAUACGACUCUUCGUGCCAGUAUCCAAACACACACGGAGCAUGAGAAACACUUUCCCUCGUGAGGUGGCGAUGGCUGCUGUUUGGUGCAUCAUGUACUGGAGUGGUGCUUGGGCCCUGCUGUGGAGUGCUCGUCCAUGUACUUGAUCUUCCUGGGGCCGUUACUGCUGGAGAUGGUUUUAUCCAAUGAGAGAAGAGCUGGCGUUGAAGCACAUGGCUGCUGAAGGAGUGUACGGUUUCCUACGAUUACCACUUGGAUCCACACCUCAGCUGUCCAUUGAAACGAUGUGUUUGUGCCUGGAAAUGCUUUGCUAUUGAAAUGGAGAAUAUUUGGGUUUCUACUGCUGACGAUGGAUCUCAUUUUUUGAGUCAGACCUCUAUUGCACUGGUUUCCAGCCCACUUGAGAUGACUAACAUGCAGACAGAAUUUUUAUAAAAUGCUCGUCUGUGCACCAUUUUAAUAAUACUUGCUAGUUUUUAGUUAUUUAAAUUUGUACUGUGGAUCUAAAAAGUAUUUGGACACUUGGUCAUUAAUGCAUAGAUGAUGAAAUAUCAAUCCAAAUGAUGUUCCUAAAACUAUACAAAAAAUCUUUAAGCAGAACAUCACUGAAAAUGCGUGAACUUCAAAUUCUUGAUUUAUAUAUAUAUAUUUAUUGCUUUGGCUUAUAUCCAGUUGGCUUCUGUGACAUAUUCAUGUCUGGAUUUAAUGUCUACUGUAUAUGAAAUUAUCAUUAACUGGUCUUUAUUUGACAAAAUAUGAUUGCCAGUGUCCACAAACUUGCAAGAUUACUGAGUGCAAUGUUGUUUUUUUUGUUAACAAUUUUACAUUUUCUUUAAAGUACUGUAAUUCAGUUACAAAUUAUAUGAAGUAAUAGUGUUUUACAGUAGUUAUUUUACAGAUUUAAAAAAAAGUUGAAUCAAGUUACUGUUAUGAAAUACUCGUAUGGUUAUGAUUUGUUUGCAGAUGCUUUUUUGGAUUGAUAUUUAUUUGUUUAUGCAAUGGCGUUCAUACAUAUUUAAUCGUGUCUUAAGUGUCCAGAUACUCUUUGGAGCCGGUGUGUGUGUGUGUAUGUCAAACACACUGUAACGAUGAAGAAUCAUUAAGCUAAUCUCAUUGCUUGCAUGCAGAUUCGGUUCUGGCUGCUGCAUCGUGCUUGUACAGUGACCUCAUAAUCUCUGAGAUGAAGAACUCAACCCUUAUCAAACAGAUUGAAGAGUGCAGAUGAUUUGCUGCAGUGUCCGUCAUGAACCUGCCUGCAGUUGCGUCUGCUGUCCACUGGAGGCACCAGAGCUCCCUCUGUGAUUGUGAAGACUGCCAUUGCUACAUUAAUCCUCCAAACAGAGUCGUAUAUUAUUCAUCUGAUCCUCACAAUCUCUUAACAGGGAGCCAGUGAGAGGAAGUACAUUCAGCCCCUGAAUAAGGCAUCAUCUGCACAAGAUAUUUAUUUUAUUUGUACCAAAUGUCAUUAAAUCGAUUCAGGCUUGAAUCAACCCAUCAGACGUGCUGCAAUCCGUCUCGUAUUUUCACACUUCUGCUAUUCUGAGACGCAUGAGCAGAAAUUAUUCAUCAGAAGCAGCACGCAGCUUCAUCUGAAGGUUUCCGUCUGACCUCUGAGUGCUCUAUUUAUGCCCAGCAGAUUAAACCCUGACGCGAGCCAGACGGAGUAUUUCCAUCUGCUGCAGGGCUUUAUUUUGGAGAUGUGCAUUGGGUUUGAGGCCACUUUUAACCCGAGUGCGUCUAUUCCUCUGAGAAUGUGUAAAUGUCACGGCAGGGCUGAUGAUGACUGUGUUUUAUCACGCUGCAGACAGAGCAGAGAUGCUGCGGCUCGACGUCCGAGAGAGCACCGUCUGUCAAUCUUUCCUGUUUCCAUUAAGAGCUGUUUGUCAGCAAAGCUUUGAUGCACUGAACCCCCACAGCUACCACUUCCUCUAUGAGACAGAACUCAAAGCUCUAUAAAUACAUUUCUCUGUUCAAUAGUCUAAAAAUAGCCUGCUAGUCGGCAGGAUCCCUCAGUGGCUCCCCCUGUUGGAGCAGUUGGGGACUGCAGUGGCCCUCAAUCUCUCUCUCUCCCUCUCUCUCUCCCUCUUUCUCUCUCUCUCUUUCUCUUUCUCUCUCUCUCUCUCUCUCUCUCUCUCUCUCUCUCUCUCUCUCUCUCUA